AUGCCUUCUUUAGCUUUAUCUGAUCUCAAAGAAAAGAAAGAAGAGAAAAAGAUGAAGAAGAAGAUUGCUCUCGAAACUCCAGAAACCGAGAAGAAGAUGAAGAAGCUGAAGGAGCCGAGGCUAAAAGAAGAGGACAAUGAUUCGGAGUUGAAGAAGAGUAGGAAGAAGCGAAAGGCUUUGGAGCUCCAGUUGGAAGAGGAGGAGAGGAGCGAGACGAGCUCGGAGCUUGUUGAGCCGGUGAAUGGGAAGGAGAAUAAGAAGAGAAAGAAAUCGAAGGUGGAGGAAGAGGAAGAGGAAGAUGAAGGGAAAAGUGAGGAUCCAAAUGCUAUUUCGAGGUUUCGGAUUUCGGAAGCAGUUAGAGAGAAGCUGAAGUCGAAGGGGAUUGAGUCGUUGUUUCCGAUUCAGGCCAUGACUUUUGAUAUUAUUCUUGAUGGCACUGACUUGGUUGGGCGUGCCAGAACGGGUCAGGGUAAGACACUGGCCUUUGUGUUGCCUAUAUUGGAGUCUUUAACAAAUGGCCCCGCAAAAGCAUCAAGGAAGACUGGAUAUGGCAGGGCACCUAGUGUACUGGUACUUUUACCAACCAGGGAAUUGGCUAAACAGGUAUUUGAUGACUUUGAAGUUUAUGGUGAGGUGUUGGGGUUGACAUCAUGCUGUUUAUACGGAGGAGCUCCUUACCACACCCAAGAGAUGAAAUUGAAGAGAGGGGUUGAUAUAGUUGUUGGGACGCCUGGACGUGUAAAGGACCACAUAGAGAGGAGGAAUAUUGACUUAGGCUCAUUGCAAUUUAGAGUUCUUGAUGAGGCAGAUGAAAUGUUGAGAAUGGGAUUUGUUGAUGAUGUUGAACUGAUAUUAGGUAAGGUAGAGGAUGCAGGUAAAGUUCAGACGCUUCUCUUUAGUGCUACAUUGCCAGUCUGGGUGAAGGGUAUUGCUGCAAGGUUUCUUAAAACAAGUAAGAAAACUGUUGAUCUUGUUGGUAAUGAGAAGAUGAAGGCCAGUACCAACGUUAGGCAUAUUGUCUUACCCUGUUCUAAGUCGGCAAGGUCCCAGCUGAUCCCAGAUAUUAUUCGUUGUUAUAGCAGUGGUGGACGGACUAUUAUUUUCACUGAGACAAAGGAUUCUGCUUCUGAGCUCUCUGGCUUGCUGCCUGGAUCUCGGGCUUUGCAUGGGGACAUACAGCAGGCGCAACGUGAGGUCACACUUAAUGGGUUUCGGUCAGGCAAGUUCUUGACGUUAGUGGCUACAAAUGUGGCAGCACGAGGAUUAGAUAUCAAUGAUGUGCAGUUAAUUAUCCAGUGUGAGCCUCCACGUGAUGUAGAAGCCUACAUUCAUCGGUCUGGACGUACAGGAAGAGCAGGCAAUACUGGAGUCGCCGUCAUGCUUUAUGAUCCUAAAAGAUCAAACAUAUCUAAGAUAGAAAGAGAAUCUGGUGUGAAAUUUGAGCACAUAUCUGCGCCUCAGCCAGUUGAUAUUGCUAAAUCUGCUGGUGUAGAAGCAGCAAAAAUAAUCACCCAAGUUUCUGACAGUGUAAUUCCUGCCUUCAAGGCUGUUGCUCUGGAGUUAUUGGAAACUUCUGGUCUAUCAGCAGAAGAUCUACUUGCCAAAGCACUAGCCAAGGCUGCUGGUUACUCUGAGAUAAAGAGUAGAUCCCUUCUAACAUCUAUGGAGAACCAUGUUACAUUACUUCUCGACGCUGGAAAACCUAUUUACACACUUUCAUUUGUUUUUGGUGUCUUAAAAAGAUUCUUGCCUGAGGAGAAGGUUCAGUCAGUGCAGGGUAUGACCCUUACUGCUGACGGAAUGGGUGCAGUGUUUGAUGUUGCAGAAGAAGAUGUGGAAACAUUUCUUGCUGGUGCUGAAAAUGCAGCUAAUGUUAGCUUAGAGGUGUUGAAGAAAGAAUUGCCACGUCUACAAGAGAGAGACCAGUCAAGGGGGAGAUCUGGUGGUGGACGGGGUGCUUUUGGUGAUAGAAAUGGUGGUGGUGGUGGUAGGUACUCUGGAGGUGGUAGUAGGUUCUCUGGAGGCAAAGGUGGCCGAGGUGGAUUUUCUGAUAGAAGGUUUUCUAAUGGUUCAAGUGGUGGGCGAGGCCGCUACAACAGCAAGAAAUGGUGAGGGUCCUGAAGACGGAAGAAACUAUUCUAUAUGAGCCCAAUGGCUUUUUCAUUUUGUUUUUGUGUGCUAAUCUGUAGGUUCGUUUUUUUUUUUAAUUUUUUUUCCUUAUAUGAUGAAGUGUAUCUGCUCUGGGGGUUUUGCCUUCCUCCCCGUGUUUCUUACUCGUUACUGAAAAUGUAAGAAAAAAAUUACAUUUGAAUAUGUAUUCUUUGCUCGCAACCAGAACAGAGGAAAAAGAAUAUAGAAUAUCCAAAUUAUGGCUUAUCCCAUAAUUGCAUUUAAACAAUUAUUAAUGCCAUGGAAUUUUCUAGUAUUA